CUUUUCCCACCAUCUACAGCUAGUAAUCUGAAUUAUCUUCCUUUUUUUUUUUACGACUUUGUAAUACCCUUUCUCGUGAACACAUACCACCAUGUCCGAACAACAACAGGCGGCUGCUGGCCCUUCCUCAAUGACGAAUACAGACACCGUGGUGAAUACGUCGCAGCCAAAGUCCGAUUUCAAAGUCUAUAAACCUUCUGACGUGAUCGCCACCGUUCCCUCCGCAUUACCAGAUGAAUACUUUAUCCCCACCUCGUCAGACUUGAAAGCCGCUCAGUCACAGCUGGCCGCGCGUACCCAGGCGCUUACGAAUGCACCGUUGCAGUUAAAGUCCGUGAAAGAGGCCGAGGAUCAGGCAAAGCGGGAUCGAUGGCCAAUUACAACGAUACGUAUCCGCUUCACCGACAGGACGCAGCUGGAGAAGGCCUUCCCUUCAACAGAUAAGAUCCGUUCUGUAUACGCCUUUGUGAGGGGAUUGCUUCGAGAAGAUGUGAAGCCCAUCAAGUUUAUUCUUUAUCAGCCCCCAAAGCGAGACCUCAAAGUCUCUGAUCUCAAGGUUCGCGACUUGACGCUAGCACAGCUACAACUGGCACCAUCAUCUGUACUUCUCAUUCGGUUUGAAGAUGACUCUUUGAAUGGGUCGCACGUCCCCGCGCCUUUGAUCACAAAUGUUCUUUCACAGGCCGUUGACUUACCUAGGCCUCCAGAAGUACUGGAUACACCCCCACCCAACGUUCCCAUGUCUAGGAUACCAGGUUCUUCAGGCUCAUCCUCUGAAACAAAGAAAGUGCCCAAGUGGUUGAAGCUUGCAAAGAAAUAGCUUAAUUAGAUCAAGUACAUAACGCUUAUUAUAAAUGUAUUGUAAAUGUAUGUAGGAAUGGAAUAGAUCAGUACACUGGAAAUG